AUGACCUUGAGUGAUGUAGACGAAGACGAUACCUUGCCCAAACACGUCGACCACGUUGAUGGCGGGGAAGUUGCAGAACCCCCGGUCGAUGCUCAAGUCGCCCUUCCUCAAGCCUCUCAACACCACUCUCUAAAACAUCACCUCCUCGGUCCGUCCCUGACAAAAGCUGGGCAAGAUGCAGUUGAUCAAAAGAAAGUGUCGGAAAUAAUCUACGAAGCCUCCAAGGGCUCGAAAUUCUUUAGCAACGAAGAACUUAGGGACAAGAACCUGACCACCAAAAUCGAACGAAUCCUGAAACAGAAGGCGCAGUUGGAAAAACUGGACUUGAAAUCGGAUCUACGUCGCGCAGACGACUAUAUCGCAUCUCUCGAGCUGUCGCGGGACCUAAGCCAGCAUGUCGUGCACAUCGAUUGCGAUGCCUUCUACGCCGCAGUCGAAGAAAUCGAUCGGCCCGAACUAAAGCAUGUCCCCAUGGCAGUUGGGGUUGGUGUUCUGACCACCUGUAAUUAUGAGGCUCGCAAAUACGGAUGUCGCAGCGCCAUGGCAGGCUUUGUAGCAAAGAAGCUCUGUCCGCAACUGAUCUGCUUGCCAAUGAAUUUUGACAAGUAUACUGCAAAAGCCAAAGAAGUCAGAGCAAUUCUCGCCGAUUAUGAUCCCCGGUUCGAGAGCGCCAGCAUCGAUGAGGCGUACUUGAAUAUCACCGAAUAUUGCCACAUUCAUGACAUUGGCCCAGAUGCUGCGGUAGAACAACUCCGGAGAGAAGUACAUGAGAAAUGCAAUAUCACCAUUUCAGCCGGCAUAGCGCCGAAUGCAAAGCUAGCUAAAAUCUGCUCGAACAAGAACAAGCCGAACGGUCAGUUUCGCAUUCCUAAUGAUCGAGGGGCUGUCAUGUCCUUCAUAUCAACACUCCCCGUCCGGAAGGUGAACGGCAUAGGGCGUGUGUUCGAGCGAGAACUUGACGCAAUCGGGAUCAAAACCUGCGGAGACAUCUAUGUUCAACGUGCAUACCUCCACAGACUUUUCGGCGAAAAAGCAUUCCAAUUCUUGAUGCAGACUUACCUGGGCCUCGGACGAACCAUUGUGCAGCCUGCCGAAGAAUAUGAGCGGAAGAGCGUUGGCACAGAAUCCACCUUCCGCGACAUCAGCAGCAAACAAGAAUUACGGGAGAAAUUGCGGCAUACGGCCGAGGAGCUGGAGAAAGACAUGGCGCGAGUGGCUGUCAAGGGGAGAACUCUGGUGCUGAAAGUCAAACUACACACGUACGAAGUUUUCACUCGACAAGUGGCGCCGCCAAAGGCGGUCCAUCGAGCAGAGGAUCUAUACAACUAUAGUCUACCAAUGCUGGCGAAACUUGAAAAGGAGAUGCCAGACUUCAGGCUGCGCCUGAUGGGACUACGGUGUACACAUCUUGUCAGUACGAAGAAAGAGAGCCCCGACUUCUUUCGCCGUCGUGUCAACAACAUCUCUUCUGCACAAAAGUCAACAGACAAUGAUAAUAAUGAAGAGUGGGAAGCCUGGCCAGACGCCGAAUUCGAAGAGGCUGCUCGACAGGAGAAGCAAGAAGAAAUGGACGAGCUCGAACGUCUCAGUCAGGAACAGCAGAAGCAAGGACAAGAUCCGGUCGACGCUGGGGGUGUAGGAGAAGCAUCAACAGCGGACUGGCACGAGCCCUUUGGCCGAUAUAAAUACGGGAGCGAACCAAAUUCCCCGGCGAAACACGGGCGGACGCACACUGACGCAACAGCGCCAAAGAAAGAGGAACAGCAGCAGUUCUGGGACUGUCCAGUCUGCCAGCUCCCUCAACCCGCCAAUGAUCGCGAGUUCAACUGCCACAUUGACCUUUGUCUCUCACGGCAGACCAUCAAGGAGGCUGUAGCUGAAGUCGAUGCGGCAACCGCUAGAGGAAGGGCCGCGUCGGAGCAUGCGGCAGCGGAAAAUAGCGACGGUUUGCCGCCGAGGCCUAGGUCCGCCAACGGAACGACGACGAAGAGAAAGGCAGCAGUCACGAGCAGCAUUUCUGGUGCGGAUGCGGGAGGUGCUCGGAAACAGAAGAAACUCUUUUUCGUAUGA